AGCUCAGCUUUUUUUGUGUUCACACGCAGAGCAGCGGCAGCAGCAGGCAGCUGGACUCCCCUCUUCUGGGCUUACUUUUAUCUCUUCCCCUCAGUUUUAUCGUUUUUUGUUGGCAUGUGUGUGUCUCGCGUCUCCUGCUGGUUAUGAGGAAUUUCAUGUUUCCGUAGAUUUGGUCACUUUCCCCCUCUCUUGGACCUUUUUUUUGUUGUUGGCGUUGUUGUAGUUUAUCGUUUUUAAAUUAUUUUGUCUUUGUCGGCGGUUGCGAGGGAUCUAAGUUAAACAUGUCGAGGAACACGGAGGAGGUGUACAAGCUAACUGAAACUACAUACAAGAGUGUUAUGGAUCACUUCAACCCAGGACUGAGGAAUCUGGUCAACCUGGGCAAGAACUAUGAGAAAUCAGUGGCUGCAAUGACCCUGGCGGGAAAGUUGUAUUUUGAUGCAAUGUCUAAGAUUGGGGAGAGUGCUGCAGUGUCUCCCGUCUCCAGAGAAUUAGGUGUAGUGCUGAUGGAAAUUUCAGAGGUCCACAGGAAGGUUCAUCUUGAGCUGGAAGAAAAUUUCAAGAGGUUCCACAGGGAGAUAAUAGCCGAGCUGGAGAGAAAGACUGACAUGGAUGUCAAAUACAUGACAGCCACAUUUAAGAGGUACCAGAUGGAGCACAAGAUGAAGCAGGACUCACUGGAGAGAUCCCAGUCAGACUUGAAGAAGCUGAGGAGAAAGAGCCAAGGCAAGAACGCCGGCAAGUACGAGAACAAGGAGAGCGAGUGCCUGGAAACGUUGACAAGCCGUCAGAUGGACAUGCAGUUGUUCAUUGCAGACGGCUGUAAGGAGGCGCUGCUGGAGGAGAAGAGACGCUUUUGUUUCCUGGUGGACAAACACUGCUUGUUCUCCUACCAGAUCGCCUCCUUCCAUGACAAGGCCAGGGACAUACUGACGGAAAAGCUGAGCAGCUGGCAGGACCAGUGCAACGAUGCCACCGACAUGCCCGAGAGCGUCUUGACGAUGAUCGAGCAACUGCGCACGGCCGUCCCCGUCACACCUCUGCCCUCUCCCUCCCCGUCACGGCACAGUGUGAACAUCUCUGCUCCUCCGGCCCCACCUCUGAAGGCUCAGACCAGUCCUCUGGUUAGCAUGUUCACCCAGGAGAACAGCACCCCCAGUGUAACCACCACUACCAACAACAUCCCAGACCACGGGAACAGCGAGGAGAACAAUCUUGCCAGGUCUGUGUCUGUCGCCACAGGCCUCAACAAUAUAGUGAAUAGGCCACGUGUGCGCACCGUUUUCCCCCACGCCGCCGGCAACAACAGCACACUGCUUAGCUUUGACGAGGGAGACAUCAUCAUCCUCCUCAUCCCCGACGAGAGAGACGGGUGGAUGUACGGCGAACUGGAGAAGAAUGGAAAGAGGGGCUGGUUCCCUUCAUCUUACUGCCGUGCAUUCUCCGAACCUCUCGUGAAUAACAACGGUGUGUCUGCUGCCCCCGCCCGCAGUAAAAGUGUGGUCAACCUCCACCACCAGGACUCAGAGACGGACGAGGCGACCAUGGUGCUCCCCCCUGCGGACUACUGUGACACCCCGCAACGCAACGCCAUCAACAACAAAAUCUUGUCCACCAGCACCGUCACCACACAUAACAACCACCAGCACUCCCCCACACCCUCUGCAGCCUCUGAUCUCCACACGGCUGUCCAGGCUAAUGGCAUCUCAAGACCUGCGCCCGCUUACCUCGCGGGAGGGAACCCAUUUGCCACAGUCAAGCUACGCCCAACUGUCACCAACGACCGCUCCGCACCGGUCAUCUGAUCUGCCCACAUUUUUGCACAUCCUCCAUUCCCAGGACCUCCAGCAACACAUUCUCCUGGUUUGGAUAAAACAAAACUUGGCCAGUACUGAGGGAGGGGGGGGAAGCCUUUUGAAUCCAGGAUCCUCUCACUGUUGCAAACUCUCCUAUGGAAGUAUUUUGGAACAGUUUUAUCCACAGAACAGAUGAUCAUGUAUUUAAGAUAGAUAUAUUUUCCAUGUGUAUAUUUUUGUCCUGUUUGUGGUGGUGAUAUUUAAAUGACCACAUUCUUACCUGCACUCGAGAAUUGGAUGAAUAAAAAUGACAAUACUGCAAUGUAUUUAUACUGUUGAUGUUGCUUAUUAAUCAUCACAAUGACUGUUGCCAUUUCUUUUCUGUUGCCAUAGGACAGUAGAAUGUACUGUAGAGGACAUAUGCAUUUCACCUUCAGGUCCUUAUUAAAAUGUUGCAUCUCACUGUUGAUAUUUAAAAAUGACUGUCAAAUGCUGUCACGAGUUUUAAAAGAGAUGCAUCCAAAAAGGCACACAAGUGAUCUUGAACCUGAAGUCCCUCUUGUAUAUGCAGUUGUACAACAGAUGUUAUAAAUAUUGUCCUUUGCCAUCUAACUUAACUUUUUGUAGAGCUAGACAAUCUUGAAGACAGGACUUAUGCCUUAAUGACACAUACAUACCUACUGUAAAAAUAUCAUGCAGCUGUUGCAUUCUUAUGGACAUGAGUGGUGACAAUCUCAUCUUAACAUUGACGGUUAUUUCUGCUUUAAUCUUUACACAUGCCCCCCCCCCCCUCUCUCAUUGCACCCGUAAUAGAAUUUGCUCUAUAAAAAAUAAAAAUGUAUUUCUUCAA